AUGGAUGACCAAGAGGAUGAGGUUAUUAGGGGGGAGAAUGCGAGCUGUAGCCACCAGACACAAUAUAGGGUUGAAUCACAUGGACCAGGACCCACCUACAUAGGGGAUGGUACGACGGUGAACGUUAAUAAAGAUGAGAGGGCAACCACAAACUUUGUAAAAGUAUCUUUCUAUCAAAUUAAUAUCGAUCCGCAGUCGAAAGCUGUUGAUAAAAAAGGAUUGCCUCCAGAUGGUACCGUUCAAAAGUUGGUUAGAGUUUUGGAAGAAAACCAGCUGAAUGAGGCCACAUCGAGCAGUGAUGCGUGUGAUUUUGAAGACUAUGACGAUGUGUUGGAAAUGGUGGAUGAAAACGAUGGAUAUUUGCAACCAAUUGGGGAAAGCGUACGAAGAAAAAUAGAAGCCAUUAAUGAUCUUGGUCACGAAGCAGAAGCAGAAGUAAAAAAGAAAGGAACUGUCGAUCUUGGUUACACAGCAGAAGUCAAAGAGAAAGAAAAUCUGGAUAUUGAUCACGAUACAGAAGCUGAAUGGAAAGAAACCCUUAAUCUUCGUCACGAAACAGAAGUAAAAACGAAAGCAACUCUUGAUCUUGGUCCCGAAGAGGACGUAAAAAAGAAAGAAAACCGUGAUCUUGGUCACGUAGAAGACGUAAAAAAGAAAGAAACUCGUAAUUUUGGCCACAAAGCAGAAGUUAAAAAGAAAGAAACCAUCCAUCUUAGUCACGGGGAAGAAGAAGAACACAGAGCAACUUCUGUUCUUGGUCACGAAGCAAAAGUUAAGAAGGAAGAAACUCUUGAUGUGUUUCAUAAAGAAGAAGCAAAGAAAGAAAAUUUUGAUCUUGUUGACAAUGUAGAAGUAAAAAAGAAAGGUGCUGAAAUCAACGAAACUGAAACUGCUGAAGAGAAUGAUCGUUUUCGUUUUUCUAUAUCAUAUCGAAAAAAAGAAAUCGCGAGUUUCGAAAAAACGGAGAGGCUUGAUCUAAUGAUAGAUGAAUAUUGCAACGCAAAACGUGGAUUAGAAAAGAAAAAAAUGAAGGAGAUAAUUCACACUAAAUUGAACUCACUCAGCGUAAACUACAAUGAUGACUGUAAUAUAUAUCAGGCAGAGUCGAAGCUACGAGCAUUCUUGCUUCAAAAUAACGACACACUCGUAAAUGGAAUUAGCCUCUAUGCAUCAUUACUGACUCUUAUGGCGCAAAAUUCAUUUCAACUCGAUGACGAGAAAACGUUAAAGAGUCUUCUGACAAAUUUAGAAAGGGUCGUGCAACCUUCUAACUUUUCGCGCAUGUCUCGUGUUCGUCGAGAUAUGGAAACCGUAAUCAGUUUGCUUCCCGCAUUCAUUAAGAAGCUUAAAGACAAGAAGAUAAUAAAUGUAGCCAAGCUACUUGCAAAAAUCAAUAAAGAUCCGCAAAAACAAUCGGUGGCUAGUAAUCUAAAUAAAUAUCUGGGAAGCAAAUGUUGGAUGCAACAUUAUCUGUUGAUAUCUUCACUUAAAAUGCAGGUUUUGAGCCAGGUCGAUGAAGGUCUUCUCACAGCAUUCUUGCAAGUUAUCGAUUGGUUAUCAGCGUCUUUAAAUCAGAUGGGUUCGAGUCAUCUAUGGAAAUAUGUUGUUACUGUUGUUGAGAGUCUAGUUCAAAUUACAGGAGAAUCUCAAGAUCCUGCACGUAAAAAAGCAAUCAAUGGUCUAUGCAAUUUAUAUUCUGUUCUGCAAAAAAAGAAACUUAACGAUUGUAUGGGCAUAUUUCAACAACGCGCACGAGUUCUAGUUUUCAGUCAAGAUAUGAACACUCGGAGCUUCUUAUUAGAAGGAGUUUUCAAAGAAUUAGUUACAGAUACGGAAGAGAUGUGUAAAGAGAGACUUGAAUUUUGCAAGGAUUUGGCACUUAGUGCAAUCGAGAGGAGACUUCACGGCGGGAAACACUCAUGGAUUUUUUCCGCGUAUGCCAACGGCUUCGAGGUAAUUGUAAAGUGCUACAGGGAAACGCGGGCCGAACUUCUUAACAAGCGUCUUGGCUCACGACCAAGUUAUUGUGAAUACGAAUGCAAAAAUUUAAUCGAGUUGCAACAUCCAAACAUCAUACGGCUUAUUGAUUUUGACGAGCGUGUCAAGUGUGUGCUGUUAGAGCCUGUCUCAAUUGGAAAUCUGCUGAACUACCUAAGGAAUCGCCGAUCCGAUGCACUUGGGCCUACGUUGACGGAGCUGUUGUGGAUUGCUGUGAACAUUGCAGAUGCGUUAAAAUAUUUAGAACGGAUGGGCAUUCUUCAUCUGGCAGUGCAGGCGGGAAAUGUUCUUCUCCAUGAAAGAAAUAUUGCAAAGUUAACAGGGUUUCAGUUCAGUCGAACAUGGGAACAGAUAAAGGAAUCUGGAGUGAAGAAGGCCGUCGAAAAACGACAUUUUAAAUGGAUGGAUCCGCAAGCACUUCGAUUUGAAUCUCUUAAUCGGAAGACUGUGUCGUGGAGUUUUGGUGUCUUUCUUUAUGAAUUGCUGACCUUGGGUUGCGUUCCUUACAACCACCACGGGUCAUGUUCAGAACACGAGGAUUUCAAAAGAAAACCGUUCACUUCGCUCGAAGCAAGAAUUUUUGUAAUACGCGGAGGAAAAUUAGGACGAGAACCUUGUAUUCCCAAAGCCAUAUACCGCUCAAUCAUAAUAGAAAAAUGUCUUCAAGAUAAUUAUUCAUCUAGAGCCUCGCCAGAAGAACUUGAAGGACUCCUUCGCAGUCAAAUAAAAAAUACAAAGCCAUCCAAAAAGAUCUCUGCUCCUCCGGAGAUAAUCCUCGAGAAAGAAGAUCGAAAUCCAGAAAAUUACAACCCAGGGAUCGACGAUGAUGACGAUUUUCCCUUUGCCCAUCUAGAUGUUUUAGAACACGUUUGGAAUGAAAAAUACCAUUGCAAUGAAUUUUUUGAGGAUGGAUACAACAAUGCAGAUCCUUCUCAUUAUGGACCAGUUUUGUGUGCAAUGAAACGGAAACUGGAGGGUAAUGAACACAAAGAAAUCUGUGUGCUAGAAUACAUACCAUUCAAAGCUAUAAAACUGGUCGAAAAAUUGAAAACUUUGGAUUGUCCGGAACUUAUUAAAGUUAUCGCGGUCAAUCCAUACGGUCCGCAUACAUUGGAAAUGAUUUCCGAAAGCUUUCCGCUGGGUAAUGUUCUCGAUGCAAUGCUUCAAAUUCCCCUGCUUCGUGGGUCGUAUAAUUCGUACAUUCAUCAAGCUGCGAAAGCCGUUGCCUAUCUUCACACACACGGAAUCGUGCACGGAAAUUUAAAAGUUGAAAACUUUCUGUUGGUCAAUUUUGACAAGAUCAAACUAGGCCGUCUUGGAAUGUCUAUUGGAGAGGUGGAUCCGAAUGCUAUAUACUGCGAACCUAUUGAUAAAGAUCCUCGAUGGAAUGCCCCAGAAGUUUUAAAAUAUGGUUACUACUCACAAACAAGCGAUAUUUGGUCCUUAGGAGUUGUUAUUUGGGAGUUUAUGAAAAUUGCAAACAGUUCACCAGAUGCGAAUAGACAAGAUGUCCUCCCAUACAGCAAUAUACCGGAUGAUGAGGUAUUCAACGUGGUGAAAAACGGAAACAUGCUUCAAAACCCAGACCCAACUCGACCAUUUUUGUAUCAGGUCUACAACAGAUGUUGUGAUUGCGAUGCAAAAAAUCGCCCGAAAGCGACAAAUGUUGCCCAUUUAAUGAAGAACCAUAAGGAUAACUUUUUAUUACAGAGACCUUUACCUAUAAUUCCUGGAGAGACAAACAUGUCAAACCUGUAUGCUCCUCUUGGCGGAAGGACGGAGAGCACAGAAAAUAUAUACCAAAAAUACCUUCCUGUUGUUGAUUCACAUGGCAAUGGUGAAUACUCAGAAGACGCGAGAUCAAAUGUUCAUGGCGGCAACUUGCAAGAGGCAUGUGGUCAUCCUUGUAGAUUUACGACGAAUACGAGCAGGACGGAAGAAGACAUGCACCUCACUCGUGGUACAAUAGAGGACAAGGAAUCAGAAGAUGUUAAUUACGACGUACAAGAGGCACAUGAUGUUUGUGGAGUUACUGCGAGCGAAGAUAUACCGGGAGACGAGUCAAGUCAUGAAUACUCCGAAGUAUGUGAUGAUGAUGAUAAUGAUGAUGAGUUUAAAACUGAUAAUGAAGAGAAGUAUAAAGAAGGUGAUCAUUCACGAAGGCCGAAUGUGUUGUUACGAUUUUAUUCCCAAGAAUGGGUGGAGGAGGGUAUUCAUGAAGAUGACAUUGAAAGAACAAAUACACAUGAAGAUAAAAAGAGUGACCCGGCCACUUGCGAGUAUUUGAUGGAACAAGACUCGUCGCCUUCUUCAAAUAUACAACCGAAUGAGCAACCGAAUGUGCAAACAAAUGAGCAACUGACUGAGAGAGAGCAUGAAAGAGAAGUUGACAUCGAUAUCGCUGAGAACAUUGGUAGUGAAGGUCACGUUAAAAAUGUGCGGGCAAUUUUUUCUAAAGAAUAGUAAAAUUGAUGCUCGGCGGAUAACACUUCUAUUUUGGGAAGGUCAUUUGUAUACUUCAUUGCUACUCCUCAGUUUCACUAAAAGGUUCAUAUAUACAAGACACUAUUCUUAUAUAAUUCUUAAAAUAAUUAAUAUACCAGUUCUGUGUUUUUAAAAUUUGCGUCAAGCAUGUUAGCAAAUCAUUCAUCUAUAUCCUGUUUUUCUAAGAUGGGAACAGAAACGCAAUCGCAAUUUUCUAAGUAAGGCGUGGGCGAAAUUCUUGUUACUACGAGCUAAUAUAUCCGGUUCCAGACAUAAAAUUAUUGGAUGCGUCGUGACACAUUCACAACACGAGUCAUGCACGAAUUCAAUCAAUUUAAGACGCCCAGAUUAAAUGAGAUUGACUAUAAUUAAGGUAAGAGUAUACACGUAACGGCUAUCAGCUCAUAUAAUUAUAUAAGACUCGAGCUCGUGGUAUAAUUGUUACAUAUUUAACAGUUAUUCUGCGAACUCGAGUCGUAUAUGAGCUGAUAUCGGCCAUAUAUACGACGAGAGUGAGCAGAAUAAUUGUUUUAUUAUAUACACAAACUUUGUCGCCCUUUCGUUGCAUUUUGGUGUGCUAUUAUC